UCAAGACCCAAACAGACCCGGCCCGACACGACAGGUCCGACAUAGGAUGUGUCAAAAGGGUUCAAAGCAGUAAUUCAAAAUUCAAACGCCCGCCUUGUUCUCUCACAUUCUCAGUCUCACACUCACUGGGUUUGAGCCAAAGAGCUCAAAACUCACUAGGAACCUUUUAUCUCUAUCCUUUUGCUGCUUAUUCCAGGUCUGGUCUUUGUGAACACUCGCUAGCAAACAUGGCAAAGACUUGCAUCGAUAACUCGUAUGAAGCACUUCGCAACCAACGACUUGAACUCAACAAAAAGAAAUUUGAGGAUUUGGGAAUUUUAAAGAUUUCAAAAAGUUUGGGUGAGCUAACCAAUUCUGAGAAAAAGUCCCAGCAACGUCUUCCAAAACUGAGAUCGAAGACUACUAUUGUAUCAGAACCAAGGCGCUCUUCCCGUGCACGUAAUCCAGUUUCUUCAUAUCGCGAUAAUAUUGACAUAGGCAUUACACAUGUGCGGAAGAGGUCGAGGUCAAGGUCAACGCCAUAUGGAAGCUAUCUUGCAAGGCCAAUAGAGGAAGUCAAAGAAGCAACUCAAAGACAAAGACAACGUGCCUUGGAGGCUGCAGUGGAGCUCCAAAACAAUCUUAAGUCUGAAAAUCCAUCUUUUGUCAAAACGAUGGUUCGGUCUCAUGUUUAUAGUUGUUUUUGGUUGGGCCUUCCUUCUAAAUUUUGUGAAGAUCAUCUUCCAAAAACAUUGUUUGAUAUGGUAUUAGAGGAUGAAAGUGGUGCGGAAUAUGAGGCUAAAUACAUUGGUGAAAGAACUGGGCUUAGUGGUGGCUGGAGAGCAUUCGCAUUGGAACACAAGUUGGAUGAUGGUGAUGCACUGGUAUUUGAAUUGAUUGAGCCUGCAAGGUUUAAGAUAUACAUAAUUAAAGCAUUUCCACUUUCAAUUCAAGAAAAAAUUGAGGUUACUGUGGACAAAGAAGAAAUUGAGGAUACUGUGGACAAAGAAGAAAUUUCAGCUACUAAAAGGAAAUCAAAGGCCAGCACGAAGCUUGACUUGCAACCAAUUCAGACACGUAAGUCAAAGAAAGCUAUGGUACACGUGAGUGAUAACUUGGCAAGUCCUCAAAAGCUCCAACCAGAGAGUGAAACAGAUAGUGGAGACAAAUCACGAGAUAAAAAUCCAACUAAGAAGAAUGGAUGCGUUUCUCAAAAUUUUCAAAAGAAAGGCCAAUCAGUUGAUAGUAGUGAAUUAAAGAAGGUUAAAAUAGAUGAGAAUAGUAAUGGAUGUGCUUUGCAGAAGCGGAGAAAGAAACCUGCUCCAAAGCUUCUACGAAGAAAAGCAUAUUAGGAGAGGUAAAAUAAGCCUUCAAUAUUUUAUUCUAGUAUGCCAAGUCAAGAACUUCAACAAGUUAGGAGAUUAUAUUAUAAUAUUAACAAAAGAGUUGGCUUCUUUUUGCCUAUUAAUAUGAUGCCAUGCUCUGAGUUUUGAGUCUUAUUGUAUUUUAACCUUGUCCUAGACUUUAAAUUGACGAUUAAUGCUAAUGUUGAUGGAAUCAUGUUCUUAGCAUACUAUUUGAAAAUUGCUUGAAUGGAGUUAGAAAAUGUGUAAUUAUAUUGUUAUCGAAUGUUCAAAGACAUAUCAAUAGUGGAUCUUGUGUCUGCUUUUAUGGUUUA